UUGUCCGGAAAGACACAAGUUAUGUUCGCUCUGGUUUUCACCACAAGAUAUUUGGAUUUGUUCGUGUAUUAUGUCUCGCUUUACAACUCCCUGAUGAAGAUUAUCUUUGUCCUACUCUCUUAUACAACAGUCUAUUUCAUGUAUGGCAAAUUCAAAUCGACUCUUGACACCGGGGAUCAUCUUUUCCGUUUGCCGUAUUUUGUUGUCCCGAUUGGCGGCCUUGCUGUUCUGGUAAACCACAAGCCGGAGGUUCUAGAGAUAUUGUGGACCUUCUCUAUCUAUCUAGAAGCGGUAGCCAUUUUGCCCCAGCUGUUCAUGAUUAGCAGCACUGGUCAAGCUGAAACGAUCACCGCGCACUAUCUGUUUGCUCUUGGUUCUUAUCGGGCGUUGUAUUUGGUGAACUGGAUCUACCGUUAUUACACGGAGGAUGUGUAUGAUUUGAUAGCCAUUGUAGCUGGAUGCGUACAAACGCUUUUGUACAUCGACUUCUUCUACCUCUACGUCACUAAAGCUAGACGAUCCGUUCUUUUCUCCUGUAGUAGCAACAGUCGAUCAUUUAAUCCAUUCGCGGAUGCCGUGGACAUCCAUUAA